AUGAUCCAUAUCAACCUCAACACCGACUUCUUCCAUCUGGAAGGACGCCAAGCGCUCGAUAGACCUGCCACUCCACGGCUGGAUCCAGCAAGUGUGCUCAACAUGGGCAGCAACACGAGCAGAGUCACGGCCCAGGACAAGGCCAUCCUGGACAUGAAGAACCAGCGCGAUAAACUACACCAGUAUCAGCGACGAAUCACCGUCCUCACCGACAAAGAGACCGAUAUCGCGAAGCGAAUGCUCGCCAAGGGCGACAAGAAGAGGGCCCUGCUGGCCCUGAGGCGCAAGAAGUACCAGGAGUCGCUGCUGGUCAAGACGGACGCGCAGCUCCAACAGUUGGAGAAGUUGACGGCCAAUGUCGAAUUCGCACUAAUACAAAAGGACGUCGUGUUUGGGCUGCAGCAGGGGACCAAGGUCCUUAAAGAGAUCCAUGCCGAGAUGGGCGGGUUGGAGAAUGUAGAGAAGCUCAUGGGCGAAACGGCGGAUGCGAUUGCUUAUCAGCAGCUCCGGCCAAAACAGGAGGUCAGCGACAUGCUCGGUGGCCAGAUUUCGAACCAAGACGAGGAGGAGGUGGAGGACGAGCUAGCCUCGCUGCAAGCAGAGCUCGCCGGCGAGGCACAGCAGCUGCCAUCUGUUCCGAAUGCGCAGGUCCCCAUAUCCGAGACGCAGGCCGAGGAGGAACCUGCGCGGGAGGCACGGCAGAUGCUGGCCGCCUAG